UUUGGGUUUUUGUAGUCUUUCAUCUUCCAGCUCUGCUGUGUUAUGGAACUGGAUAAAAUGGAUGAGAAUGACUGGAAAUAUCACGGAGAGGGCAACAAGAGCCUUGUCGUCUCUCAUGUCCAGCACUCAAGAGUCCUCCGUGUUUUGAAGUAUCCCUCAGAAGAUGCUGAACGUUUACAUCAGACAGUAGAACAGGCUUCUCGACACAUUCAGAACAUUGUGGAUUAUAGUAACAACGUCAUGAAACCUCUGCUCGGGGAGCAAUACGUCCACAGUGGAGAGGUUGUCAAACUACCCUUGGAUUUUGUUAGGCAGCUGUCUUUAAAGGUUCAGCAAGAAAGACCAGAAUUGCGCUGUGAUAAAGUGAUGGACACUUUCAGUGGCUACAGCCUGUGCUUGCCAAACCUGACUCAGCUCUCCUCUUGUCGAUUUGAAGAUCACAGACCUCCUCUUUGUGUAGAAAUCAAGCCAAAAUGUGGAUUUCUGCCUUUCUCCAGAUACGUCACAAAGGAAUGCAAACGCAAAGUGUGCAGAUUCUGUAUGCAUCAACACUUCAAGUUAGCAAAUGGAAAGUGGAAUCGAAUAAGCCGUUACUGUCCCUUGGAUCUCUUCUCAGGGAACAAACAGCGAAUGUAUAUUGCAAUCAAACACUUGUUAGAGGAACCACAGAACAACUUUCGAAUUUUCAAGGGUGGUGAGUUGAUAUAUAGCUGUAAGGACGAUGCCAAACAGCAGCCAGACUUGAAUGAGCUGGUGCAACACCUGAGACCCUACUUUCACCAUAGCAACGGUUAUUACAACGGUCACCAGUCCAGUAAGACGGUCCUUAACGAGUUCAUUCAGGUGGUCUGUAGUGCUCUGUUGAGCACUGGGGACUCCGCUUGCCCAGGAGAGCUGACCAAGCUGCAAACCCCUGAGAGCAGGGCCUACUGUGAGGCCAGUCCUUUACACAGAGACCUGCUUCGCAACGCAAACCAGUGCCUACCCAAAGACUGUGUCCUUGCAAAAAUCCUCCAAGCUCAAAUGCUUGAUAACCUGGACAUCGAAGGGCUUUACCCGCUGUACCGGCGAGUGGAACAGUAUCUGGAGGAGUUUCCCAAGGAGAGGAAUAGACUGCAAAUAGACGGCCCUUACAGCGAAGGCUUCCUCGAAAAAAUUAAAAACUGUCCAUCUGAGGAUGAUGGAUCUGUGGAUUAUGCGGUUGGGAAGGUCCAUCAGUACAGAGUGGCAAUGACGGCCAAAGACUGCUCCAUUAUGAUCACUUUUGCACCUUGUGGAGAGGAUGAAGAUUUACAACCAAACUUUGAGAUUCAGCCUGUGAAGCCCAGAUUCACAUACUCCGUGUCCAUUCUGGAUUUGGAUCCCAAACCAUACGAGAGCAUCCAGCACCAGAACAAACUGGACUCUAAAAUUGUCAACUACUACUUGAAAAGUACGCACUCCAAACAGGACCUGCCACCCUCCAGUCUCUAUAAAGAACGUGAGGACUGUACUCUGGUAUUUCACCCUGUAUAGACCAUUCUCCUCAUGCCUUUCCCUUCAGACUGCUGCUUCCCAAUAAGCAAUGAAAAAUGCAACGUUUCAACAUGGAAACA